UGUUCAUGCAUUUCAGGACGUGAAAGGCGGCUUCCUCUACACGUCACCGUCAGCCAGCCAAUGAGAGGCCGCAUUUCCAGAGCUUAGCCCGUGCUGCUGAAGAAUGUAAAUCUGUUCAGUGGCUUUCCUCUUACUAAUCACUGUAUUUGGCGACGCAAGAUAAAAAACAAUGCAUCGGAUGAAUGUGACCAGCAUGUGGCGAUGUGACUGACAGGUGUAGCAGGCGUGUGCCGUUUUCAGAAACAGUAAAUCUUUCGUUGCCUAAGGAGUUGCAAGCAUAUCGUGCUCACAAAUGACUGAUCCCCCAGCAAAGUCUGUCUUAAAGCUAAACAAAAGGAGGAGGCAGAAGUGAUGAUGUCCUGGAGCUUCUCCACAGACAGUGAUUAGUGGGACAAAGCACCAUUUUACUGGAGCACACUUUCUGAUUUACGACAUGCUGUAACUGGGAUAUCACGGUGCUGGAGACGGUGUCACCAUGAAGAGCUCCAGCUCCAGAUGGGCCUUCUCCCUGGGCUUCUUUGUGGGGGCUUGCAGCAUCUACUUCUUCUUGCACCAGGUGUGGUUUGAGACGAGCUACCCCGUGCUGUCAGAGGCUCAAGAAAAAGCCACAGCGGUGUGGGAGAGACCAACCAGCUGGAAGAAGGAGGGAGCUGCUCUCAUCAACCUGCUCCACCCUCACCAUGCAGAUGAAGACAGCCUGGUGGCAGAUGUGCUGUACCACAAGGUACGUGUUCUCUGUUGGGUGAUGACAGGGCCGAAUAACCUGCAGAGCAGGGCCCGCCAUGUCAGGGCCACCUGGAGUCGCCACUGCAACAUGGUGGUGUUCAUGAGCUCUGUGGAGGACCCAGACUUCCCCACUGUGGGCCUGGGCACUAAGGAGGGCCGUGACCAACUCUACUGGAAGACCAUUCGAGCCUUCCACUAUGUCUACGAGCACUAUGCGAAUGAAGCAGAUUGGUUCUUAAAAGCAGACGAUGACACCUAUGUGGUGGUGGACAACCUGCGCUGGAUUCUGUCCAACCACACCACUGAAGAGCCCAUUUACUUUGGCAAACGUUUCAAGCCUUACACCAAGCAAGGCUAUAUGAGUGGAGGGGCAGGCUAUGUGCUUAGCAAAGAGGCUCUCAAGAGAUUUGUGGAAGGUUUUCGGACCAAAGUUUGCACACACACUACGCCUGUAGAAGACCUAGCGCUGGGGCAGUGUUUGGAGAAGAUGGGCGUUCUGGCGGGGGACUCCAGAGAUACUCUGCAUCGAGAAACCUUCCACCCGUUUGUGCCAGAGCACCAUCUAACUGGCAAGUUCUCCAAGAGCUUCUGGUACUGGAGCUAUUGUUACUACCCAAUUGUUGAGGGUCCGCAGUGCUGCUCUGACCUGGCAGUAUCUUUCCAUUAUGUUGAAACAGAGCUGAUGUACAUACUGGAGUACUACACCUAUCACUUGAGAGCGUAUGGCUACAGGCCACGCUACCGGCCCUCCUUACGCCAGGGUCUGAGCCCCGGCCCACUCUCACAGACAGCCAUGACGGUGGGACUUAAAGGUAUUCGGGAGGUGACAGAUGGAAGGAGUCACACAACUUCAGUCUUCUCUAUCAGUGGAAACCAAACUGAAGCGGAGACAGAGUCAGAGAGUGGGGGGAAAGACAAUCUAAACUCUCACGUCAGUGAGAACAGGACUGCAGUCACACAAAGCAGGCACCGCUGAUUCUGUGUUUCAGCUGGGGUUGAAUGUGCACAAUUGAGAGGUGUAUUACUCUGUGCAGUAUGUUGGCUGACUAAUGUUUUCUUCUGACAG